GCGGCGAAUCGACGGCGCGGGGCCGCGGGUGCAGCGGAUCGACGGCGGCGGCCCCGACAAGCGCGCGGCGGCGGCAUCUCUGUCUGGCUGUCGGCUCUUCCUCUUUGCUCGGUUAGUUGACCGAAUGCCCACCCCGACCGCCGAUGGGCGCUAGUCCGCUCCUCCCACUCCCAUGGGCCAUGGCGGCAGCCUCUCCUCAAAUAUCGCCCACCCUUCACGCCUCUUUCCUUUGCUCUUUCGCGCUCGCCCUCCUCCGCGCCGGCCGCCUCGCCGCCGCCUCCCACAUCGUCUCCUCACUUCCCGCCUCCCCUCCCGCUCGCCUCCUCCGACGCCUCAUCCCCGCCCUUGCCUCCUCGGGCCUCGCCGCCGCCGCCGUCCGCUUCCGUCCCGUUCCAGGUGACUCCCGCACCCUCAACGCGAUCAUCCUCUCCUACUGCAACCUCCGCUUGCUCCGCCCCGCGCUCAGCCUCCUCCGUUCCUCCUCCAGACCCCAGUCGCAGGUUGCGGCUGAUACCGUUAGCUACAACAUCUUCCUCACUGGCCUCUCCGAGCAGGGCCACGGCAAGCUCGCUCCGCCCUUGCUCGCCGAGAUGUGCAAGCGCGGCGUGCCCUUCGAUGGGGUCACCGUGAACACAGUGCUCGUGGGGUUGUGUGGGGCCGGCCUGGUGAACGAAGCCACGAGAUUGGCUGAGAUGCUGGUAGGAGGCCGAGGAAUCGAGACCUUAGAUGUGGUGGGAUGGAAUGCUCUCAUUGAUGGGUAUUGUAAAGUCCAGGGCAUGGCCGCAGCAUUGGCUGUGGCACAGAGGAUGAGGACACAAGGGGUGGUGCUUGAUGUUGUGGGGUAUAAUAGCUUAGUUGCUGGGUUUUGCCACUCCGGUGAUGUUGGUGCUGCAUGGGACGUAGUGGAUUCAAUGAAGGCGGACGGGGUGGAGCCGAAUGUGGUGACAUACACUGCGUUCAUCGGGGAGUACUGUAAGAGGAAGGGGAUUGAGGAGGCGUUCAAUUUGUACGAGGGAAUGGUGAGGUUGGGUGUGCUGCCGGAUGUGGUCACACUUAGUGCUCUUGUCGAUGGGCUCUGCAGGGAUGGCCGGUUCACAGAGGCAUAUGCACUUUUCCGGGAGAUGGACCAGAUUGGAGCUGCGCCGAACCAUGUGACGUACUGUACACUUAUUGAUUCAUUAGUGAAAGCGCGGAGGGUCAAGGAAUCUCUUGGUUUAUUGGGAGAGAUGGCUUCAAGAGGUGUGGUCAUUGAUCUGGUCAUGUAUACAGCUCUGAUGGACUGUUUAGGUAAGGAAGGGAAGAUUGAGGAAGUGAAAGACAUGCUUCAGCAUGCUCUAUUGGAUAAUCUCACUCCCAAUUGUGUUACUUACACUGUACUGAUUGACACCCACUGCAGAACAGGCAACAUCGAUGGGGCAGAGCAGGUGCUGUUGCAAAUGGAGGAGAAAUCUGUUAGCCCAAAUGUUGUUACAUUCUCAUCAAUCCUCAGAGGUCUAGUCAAAAGGGGAUGCCUCAGUAAAGCAGCUGAUUAUAUGAGGAAGAUGAAGGACAUUGGGAUUGCUCCUAAUGUUGUGACCUAUGGAAUACUUAUUGAUGGAUUCUUCAAGUGCCAGGGGCAAGAAGCAGCUCUUGAUGUGUACCGUAGUAUGUUGCAUGAUGGUGUUGAACCAAACAACUUUGUUGUUGACUCACUGGUAAAUGGUCUGAGAAAGAAUGGGAAUAUAGAGGAUGCUGAAGAAUUAUUUAAAGGUAUGGGUGAACAUGGUCUGUUGCUAGACUGUGUAAAUUAUACCACCUUAAUUGACGGGCUUUUUAAAACAGGAAACAUGCCAGCUGCUUUUAAGGUUGGUCAGGAGUUGAUGGAGAAAAAACUACCACCUGAUGCUGUUGUCUAUAAUGUGUUUAUCAAUUCCCUUUGCAUGCUUGGCAAGUUCAACGAAGCAAAAUCUUUUUUGAAAGAAAUGAGAAAUACGGGCAUAGAACCUGAUCAAGCAACAUAUAACACUCUGAUCGCCGCACAGUGCAGGGAAGGAAAGACCUCCAAAGCUCUAAAGCUACUGGAUGAAAUGAAGCGGAGUUCUAUAAAGCCUAAUCUCAUCACAUAUACUACACUUGUUGUGGGCCUUCUUGAAGUUGGGGCUGUGGAGAAGGCAAAAUAUUUGCUUAAUGAGAUGGCUUCUGCUGGAUUCACUCCAACCUCUCUGACCCAUCGAAGGGUGCUGCAAGCAUGUUCUGAAAGCAGGAGAUUGGAUGUGAUUUUGGAAAUUCAUGAAUGGAUGAUAAAUGCUGGUCUUCAUGCUGACACCAUUGUCUAUAAUACACUUGUGCAUGUUUUCUGUUGUCAUGGAAUGACUAGGAAAGCUACAGUUGUUUUGGAUGAAAUGUUGGAGAGAGGAAUUGCACCAGAUACUAUCACAUUAAAUGCUCUCAUUCUCGGCCAUUGUAAGAGUGACCAUCUAGAUAAUGCAUUUGCUAUGUAUGCUCAGAUGCUUCGUCAAGGCCUGUCACCAAAUAUAGCUACUUUCAACACUCUUCUCGGUGGUCUUGAGUCCACUGGAAGAAUUGGAGAAGCGGAUACUGUUCUCUGUGAGAUGAACAAGAUGGGCCUUGAACCCAAUAAUCUCACCUAUGAUAUACUGGUGUCAGGAUAUGCAAAGAAGAGCAAUAAAGUUGAAGCACUGAGGCUGUAUUGUGAUAUGGUGGGUAAAGGCUUUAUUCCCAAAGCAAGCACAUACAAUUCACUAAUAAAUGACUUUGCCAAAGCUGGAAUGAUGAAUCAAGCUAAAGAGCUGUUCAACGAAAUGAAAAGUAGAGGAGUUUUACAUACACCCUCAACUUAUGACAUCCUUUUGAAUGGAUGGUCAAAGCUUAGAAAUGGAACUGAAGUGAGAAAACUUUUCAUAGAUAUGAAAGAGAUAGGAUUUAAACCAUCUAAAGGCACUCUUAGUUUUAUAUCCAAAGCAUUUUCAAAGCCGGGAAUGACUUGGGAAGCUCGACGUUUACUGAAGACCCUUUUUAAAGAUUAAGAAAAAAAAUGAGGUGUCAAUAUAAUAUCAGCCGUCCAAAAUCGAUCCUACUCAAAUUCCUCGUCCAAUGAUUGAAGCAUCAGUCAUCAUUUAUGAUACCCGUCAAGGUGGCCAAGCAACCGUUCCCCCCGGAACUUAUUGAUCACAGGCUGCAUCUAGCGAAUUUAUUGUUAAGGAACUGGGAACUGUAGCCCUCAAUUAAUGCGGUGCACUGUGAAUCAAAUACCUUGUACUGGUGAUCUCGUCACAUUGUCGGGCAUGCCUUUAGCUCUGAUGGUUUAACCUUUCGCCCUUCCUCACCCAUCUGAGGAACCUAUUCAGGUUCGUGAUCCAAUGCGUGCUUUAUACUUCUUCCUUAUUGAUGUGCAACUGCUGCGGCUUGCAGUGCUAUUGCCCAGGCUAUUUCAGAUCCGCCAGUAAGUUAUGUGUACUGGACUCUUGUAGUCUGAUUCAGGAACACAUAUAUGCCAUUAUAUGUCCUUUUUUUUAAUCAUGAGUACCGUAGCGACAAAUUGAACUGCAGCACUGUCUAUAAUUUGAUAUUUCUCCCCUUAUAUUGUUUUGUAUUCUUUCUUGUACAAAAGUUACUUAUAUGAUGACCGGGUGAGCAUUGUAGUUUUUAUGAGUGACAGUAAAGUAAAUUCUUUAAUUCUGACAAUUUGUUGUAUUAUCAGUUUUGAGUAUUAUUAGAUAGGUCAUAGUUUUAUGGUGCUACUUUGGGCUCAGCUAUCUUUGUUCUAUCUGUUGUUACUCUAGGAACUGAGUAUCUAGUUGAUUUUCGACAUCUACAUAAUGGCACAACCGCACAAUGACCGAACAAGAACAUGGAGUGAACAUCAUUGUUUGAUUGUUUGGCAUGGUUUAAAUAAAGCAUCAUCUACAAACGAUGGUCCUCACUGCCGACAAGCCCAUUUUCCCAGGAGUUCAUAUCCAUGUAUCCAUAUGGAGUGAACGCUAUUUACAGAAUGAAACCUGGUUUACAUCACUUACUGUUUUUUUCCUGUCUAAUGUAGGAGGGUCCUCGGACAAUGGUUGGUUUUGGCACGUUUGAUUCUGCUAUUCACUUCUACAGUCUUAAACGUGCUCAGCAGCAGCCUUUGAUGCUCAUCAUUCCUGAUGUUCAAGAUGUAUAUACACCUCUUCAGAUGGAUCUUAUUUCCCAGUUUCAGAGGCUGGCUUCCUGGCAAUUAAAUCUACUGGUGGAAAACUUCUUGUUUUCCAAUCAGGUAUACUUGUUAACUGAUCAUUGAUAAGUUAAUUUCAAGAGUUAUAUUUUUUGCCAACUCUGCUAAGUGUUUAUUUUGUUUGCUUUGGCACUUGCUUUUUUAGAUGCAUGCUGACUUAAUUAGUGAGCAAUAUUUUCACUAUGUUUAAAUUGAUCUUUGUCUGUUGCUUCGUAACAAGUGGUACAUUCUAGUUCAGCAAAUUCUACCUGUUGUUAGUACCAGGUUGGAAAGGCACUGCUAUAUCCACUAAUUGUUGCCAACAAAGGUGCCUCAAGGAAAGAUAGCAAAGUUACAACUAAGCAAAAUACAGACAAACAUAGGAUUAAAUCAUUUCAUGAAUCGCAGCCAAUUAAGUGUGGUACAUGUGGCAAAGGAGGUCAUAAUAGGAGGACAUGCCCGUGGAGAGCUCCAUAAAACCCCAAGGUAUUAGAUGUUCAUUUGUACUGCAUCGGUUCUCCAGUUUUCUUUUUCAUUAGGGAAUUUAAACAGAUCUGCACCUGCAAACAUGGGCCCUGCUGGAGUGUUAGAGCUGCUUUACAUUGGGACUUCUGGCUUUGCUAUUACAUCCUGAAGUUUAUAUGUGGAAGUGUUGUGAAAUUUGAUCAAACUUGUUUUGCUUUUAAAAAUGAUAUGAACCUUUGAUUUUAGUUGAGUAUUUCUCUUCCGAAGGCAUGUGUUGUAAAGUCUGAAAUUGUGCCAUUUAGAUUGACAAACAUUAUACAGACAGAAAGCGAGAUAAUUACCCUGUCUAUUUGAGCUUGAGUCACA